AUGCUAUCGUGGACGAGGAAACUAAGGUCUGCAAUCAAAAAUGUGCGACACAUCAUCUUUCGCGCUUUGUUUAUUGCUUUGAUAGGAUUAUACAUCCGUGCUGCUUUUCUGCUGACUGAAAAACUCUAUGAUGAAUCGGGACCAAAUUUUUGGGACGCCAUUGAUAAAUAUGGGAAGUUUCUUACAAUUAUCUUAUACGGUCUUACUCUUCCGGUGUAUCUUAACGUACCAGCACUUGCUUGUAACCUUAUUGGAUUGAUACUGUAUAACCCCUUCAAAACGGUAAAGAGGAACGUUCAAAUUAACACGGAUACGCCGUUUAUUUGCUUUCGAGUGGUUACGCGUGGACUUUUUCCAAAGCUUGUUGCGGAAGUCACGGAGAAAAACCUUGCAACUUGCAGAAACGUUGGGAUAACAAAUUUCAAGUUUGAAAUAGUCACCGAUACUACACUAGGAAUUCAGCAAUCACAUAAUGUCAGGGAACUUGUCGUGCCACAAGACUAUCAUACUCCGAAUGGAACAUUGUUUAAAGCACGUGCUCUACAUUAUAGUUUGGACAGAAACGUUAAUAUACUAUCACCCGAUGACUGGAUCGUGCACCUGGACGAGGAAACACUUCUGUCUGAAAGUGUCUUAUACGGAAUAAUAAAUUUCGUUUCUGAACAAAAAUCGGACAUAGGGCAAGGAGUUAUAACAUAUGGUGAAAGUGGUAUAGAAAAUUGGCUAACUACCUUGCUCGACGGAAUGCGAGUAGCGAUAGAUUAUGGAUUAUUUCGGUUGGGUUUGCAGUUUUUCCACAGACCCUUAUUUGGAUUUAAAGGUUCUUUUAUUGUAGUUAAAAUGAAAAUAGAGGACGGAAUAGGUUUUGAUUUUGGACCAAAAGAAAGUAUUGCCGAGGAUCUGAGAUUUGCAUUAGCUGCUUGGGAUAGUGGAUAUAAGUUUGAUUUUGUGGAAGGCGCAAUGAAAGAAAAAAGUACAUUUUCAUUGUCUGAUUAUGUAAAACAGCGGAAACGUUGGUUUAUUGGCCAUUUUCAAAUAGUAUGGGGAAACACGUUACCAUUGUAUUGUAAAAGCUUUGUCAUGUUAAUGAACAUCAGCAACAUGGUGCUUUGGACCAGUGUUCUGAAUUCUAUAUUAUCAUUCCUGUGUCCCGUACCAUUAAAGAAAUGGCAACUGUUUUUGUUUCUACUUUUAACAUUUCAUUUGUUUUUGUUACUUUUAUUCGGCAAUUUUAAGUCUCUAUGUGCUAGGAAAUAUUCUUUAUUGACGAGAAUUCUAGUAUCUUUUCUAUCACAAGGUUUAGUGCCUGUCCUUGGAGUAGCGGAAGCGUAUUCUACAAUGAAAGGAUUCCUACAUAGAAACAAACUUACUUUUGACAUUGUGCAAAAGGAAACAAGCCAUCAAUUGAAAACAUCACAAACAGAGAAAUUUUCUCAAGUGUAA